UGCUUACCAUUCAUGUCUGACAGAGGAUCUUGCCAGUUGACCGUUUCUUAUCUAGCAUGGCCACAAGAGAUUUGUGUCUAACAGCUAAACAGUUAAAGUACAGCAAGCGUUAAAAUCAUCCAGCUACGACAGAACUUUGCCUCGCCAAUGUACUUUAGAAGGAUGGCAGCAAAGAUGGGAGGAGAGCAAAUGCCCAACAUGAACAAUUCCUCUCCAGUCCUGGACCCCUCCCUCUAUGGCUUUGGAGGCCAAAAGCGUUCCCUGGACAAUGGUGUGGGGAACCACCUCGGUGCAAUGGUACAUCAAAGGGCUCUCACUACAGAAGACUACAAAGUGCCUGAUAAGAUGGUGGGAUUCAUUAUUGGAAAAGGAGGCGAGCAGAUUUCCAGAAUUCAACUGGAGUCUGGUUGUAAGAUCCAGAUUGCAUCAGACAGUGGUGGAAUGUUAGACCGGCCCUGCACGCUGACUGGCAGCCCAGAGAACAUAGAGCAGGCCAAGAGGCUGCUGAGUGAAAUUGUGGAGCAGUGUCGGUACGGUCCAGGAUUCCACUACGAGAUGGACGGCAACGGUUCCAUCCAGCAGAUUCUUAUUCCCGCUAACAAAGUUGGCCUGGUUAUUGGGAAAGGAGGAGAAACUAUCAAACAGCUGCAGGAGCGAACUGGAGUCCAGAUGAUCAUGAUCCAGGAUGACCCCAUGCCCACUGGAGCUGACAAGCCACUGAGAAUCACAGGAGAUCCCCACAAAGUUCAACAAGCACGAGAGCUGGUGGUGAAGCUGAUCAGAGAUAAAGAUCAGGGAGAUUUCAGGUCUGGCAGAGCUGACUUUGGGUCCAAAAUGGGUGGAAGCUCUCUGGAUGUUGUUGUUCCCAGAUUUGCUGUGGGCAUCAUCAUUGGUAGAAAUGGAGAGAUGAUCAAGAAAAUUCAAAACGAUGCCGGAGUCAGAAUCCAGUUCAAACAAGAUGAUGGAGUCAGUCCCGACCGUGUUGCCCAGGUAAUGGGCCAGCCAGAUCACUGCCACCAUGCAGUUCACCUCAUCAAUGAACUGGUUCAAACUGCCCAGGAGCGGGAUGGGUUUGGUGUGAUGGGUCGUCGUGGGCGUGGGGAUUGCAACAUGGGAGGACCUGGAGGACUGCAGGAAGUGACUUAUGCCGUUCCUGCCGACAAGUGCGGCCUGGUAAUUGGAAAAGGUGGUGAGACCAUCAAGAACAUCAAGGAGCAGUCUCGCGCCCACGUGGAGCUGCAGAGAAACCCGCCGCCCAACACUGACCCCAAUGUCCGCAUCUUCUCUAUCCGCGGCACCCCGCAGCAGUUGGAAAAGGCCCGUCAGCUGAUCGAUGAGAGAAUUGGGGCUCCAGGGAUGGGGGGAAACGGAAAUUUUGGCAUGAAUCCAUACAACCAGGGAGCCGCGACUCCUCCUCAACAUGGCCCUCAGACCUUCAUGACUGGUGGCUGGGGAACCACCUUUCAGAUUUGGCAGCCUCAAGGCCAGCAGGACCAUAGUCACAAUGGAUCCCAGACAGGCCAGAUGGACUGGGAUCAGUAUUACAAAAAACUAGGUCAGCAGAAUCAAGCCCAGAGUUCUGGCCCGGAAUACAACAAAGGCUGGGGCCAGACUUCAGGUCCUGCAUCUCAGCAGAGCUCCAAUCAGGACUACAGCGCCUGGGUGGACUUCUACAGACAGCCCAUGGCCUACUUCAACCAGGGCGGACAGCAGAGCCAGCCCCCGGGCCUCCAGGAUCACUAGGCGAGCGGCUCGACUGGAAUCACUGAGGAUGGAAGCGACCCCAAUUUUUAACGGAGGGUUCUAGAUUUACAACGCCUUGAAGACUUUUUUCUUAGUGAGAACACUAGCUGUAGAAUGACUUAUAUCAUAAAGUAAUAUUUCUAAAAUCAGGAACAUUUAUUUGUAACUAAAUGCUUAUGUACACUGUUAUUUUGGAUAGACAGUAUCUGGGAUCCCUUUUGUUUUCCUUUUGGACUUGAGAGAGCUGUUUUCUGGUUUGUUUUUUUUUUCUAUAUUUUCCUGUCUUGACUCAGAUUGUUCCGCCAAAACGAACCCACAAGUUGUAACAUUUCAAACGGCAAUAUGAUCUAUUUUUUUCUAGUUUUGUUGAGAUGCUGAUUCUUCGCUUAGCAGUCUUGAAUACCGCUUCCUUUUUGUCACGUCAUGAGAUGUUUAAAAAAAAAAACAAGUGUGUUUUCCUUUUACAUAAUUCAGUGAAAUGAAACUGUGAUGUUUUGUUACAGGAAAUGUGUUUUGUUUUGUUACACGGUUGAAAGAAAAAGAGGAUUAAUGUCCAGCAGUGGCAGUAGUUCUGAUUUAAUUCCUGUUGUGCAUUGUAAGCUGUUUUUCAUUGUCAUUUUAUUGUACUCUGGUUUAAAAAGGUGCAAUAUCUUAUUUCACUAUUGAAACAAAGAUGGGUUCUCUAAUAUUUUGAAAGACUUUUAACUUGUAGUUUUAAAUGUUUUUCUGUUUUCAAAUGGAAAUGUCAUGGAUAAUUUAUUACAUUGAUCUGAUAUAUGAUUUCGGGGGAUGUUGCAAAUAGCUUUUUUGCCUUUGCUACCUUGUAAAACUGUAAAUAUGCUCAUAUUUGACUGUUAAUUUAAAAUAUAUAUGUUUCAUAUAUAUAUAUAUAUAGACUUCUAUAAAGAUUAUUUGUUUUCCUGCAAUCACUGUUCCAGGAAAAUUGUCCCUCUUUUUUCUGUUCUGUUGUUUCUUACUGAAAAUGUUCAAAGAUUGUGAAUGUGAUUUUGAAAUUUGAUGUUGCAUCUUGUUAUGAAGAAAUUUAUUUGUGUAUGUUCUCAAUUAUUCAAGACUGCUAAGCCUCUGUGAUUCUACCUGUGUGAUAAUUGUAGUAUUUCUGUUUUAAUUAAGUAUUAUGAUCAAAAAACUGUCUUAUUUGGUACCUCGCAGUUCACCAACACCCCGCCCAGGGUGACGUUGGUCUCAGUCCAAGGCUAAUAACGUUUUAAUUUUUUUUUUUAAUUCCUUUGUGUGAUCUGAUAUAAAAUGAUGCAGCAUUAUGGAAACCUGAUCCUUGUAUUAACGUCGUUUCUUAAUGAAAAGGGAUUUAAUUUGAUAAAUGUCUAAUUAUGGUGGCUUUUUUUUUUUUCUUCUUGUGUACAGUUAACCCUGUAUUAAAAACAUCCAGACGACCUCUGUCUGCUCUUAA